UCGUUUCGCUGCAUCUUUACAGACCAGAAAUUCAUCAAUUCAUCAUGGCUCCAACAGCUCAAGUUGCUAAGAAAGGCUCCAAGAAGGCAGUCAAGGCCCCUCGGCCCAGCGGUGGCAAGAAGAGGAACAGGAAAAGGAAGGAGAGUUAUGGAAUCUACAUCUACAAAGUCCUCAAGCAGGUUCAUCCAGAUACCGGCAUCUCCAGUCGGGCCAUGGUCAUCAUGAACAGCUUCGUCAACGACAUCUUCGAGCGAAUUGCCGGCGAAUCUUCCCGCCUCGCUCAGUACAACUAG